GUGGCGCGAGCGGCUGACUGAGCCUGGAGAGGAAACGGCAUUCGGAGCCGCGCUCCCGCCCAGGCCGGCCCUGACGCAGGCCUCGUCAGCCGGUAACGGGGAACCGAGGUGGGGGUCAGGGAGGCGACCACGAAAACGGUGAAGGCAGGAGCUGGGAGGAGGCGGCAGCGGCAGUGGCAGGAACGGCGGCGGCGGCGGCAGCAGCAGCUGGGAGGAGGUGGUGACGGUGGCAACGGCAGCGUCGGCGACGAUGGCGCGACUGGUGGCAGUGUGCAGGGACGGGGAGGAGGAGUUCCCCUUCGAGAGGAGGCAGAUUCCCCUCUACAUAGACGACACCCUCACGAUGGUGAUGGAAUUUCCUGACAAUGUGUUAAAUCUCGAUGGGCAUCAAAAUAAUGGUGCACAAUUAAAGCAGUUCAUUCAGCGACAUAGUAUGCUUAAGCAGCAAGAUCUAAGUAUUGCCAUGGUGGUGACAUCACGUGAAGUCUUGAGCGCACUUUCUCAGCUUGUCCCAUGUGUUGGCUGUCGUCGCAGUGUGGAGCGCCUUUUUUCCCAGCUUGUAGAGUCUGGAAAUCCUGCCCUUGAACCCCUGACAGUGGGGCCCAAGGGAGUCCUAUCUGUAACUCGAAGCUGCAUGACUGAUGCAAAGAAGCUUUAUACAUUAUUUUAUGUACAUGGGUCCAAACUAAAUGACAUGAUAGAUGCUAUUCCAAAAAGUAAAAAGAACAAGAGAUGUCAGUUGCACUCCUUAGAUACGCACAAACCAAAACCUUUGGGAGGUUGUUGGAUGGACGUGUGGGAACUAAUGUCCCAAGAAUGCAGGGAUGAAGUAGUUUUAAUUGACUCUAGUUGUCUUUUAGAAACACUAGAAACAUAUCUGCGAAAACACAGGUUUUGCACUGAUUGCAAAAAUAAAGUCCUCCGAGCAUACAAUAUCCUUAUUGGUGAACUUGAUUGCAGCAAAGAAAAGGGCUACUGUGCUGCACUUUAUGAAGGCUUGCGGUGCUGUCCACAUGAGCGACACAUACAUGUUUGCUGUGAGACAGACUUCAUUGCACAUCUUUUGGGUCGUGCUGAGCCAGAGUUCGCAGGAGGGAGAAGAGAAAGGCAUGCUAAGACAAUAGACAUAGCUCAAGAAGAAGUUCUGACCUGCUUGGGAAUUCAUCUUUAUGAAAGACUGCAUCGAAUCUGGCAAAAACUACGGGCAGAAGAGCAGACGUGGCAGAUGCUUUUCUAUCUUGGUGUUGAUGCUUUACGCAAGAGUUUUGAGAUGACUGUGGAAAAAGUACAGGGUAUUAGUCGAUUGGAACAACUUUGUGAAGAAUUUUCAGAGGAGGAACGAGUAAGAGAACUCAAGCAAGAAAAGAAGCGCCAAAAACGGAAGAAUAGACGAAAAAAUAAAUGUGUAUGUGAUAUUCCUACUCCUUUACAAACAGCAGAUGAAAAGGAAGUAAGCCAAGAGAAGGAAACAGACUUCAUAGAAAACAGCUGCAAAGCCUGUGGCAGCACUGAAGAUGGUAGUAGUUGUGUAGAAGUAAUUGUUACCAAUGAAAAUACAUCAUGUACCUGUCCUAGCAGCGGCAAUCUUUUGGGGUCUCCUAAAAUAAAGAAAGGCUUAUCGCCACACUGUAAUGGUAGUGAUUGUGGAUAUUCAUCUAGCAUGGAAGGGAGUGAAACAGGUUCUCGGGAGGGUUCAGACGUUGCCUGCACUGAAGGCAUUUGUAAUCAUGACGAACACGGUGAUGACUCCUGUGUUCAUCACUGUGAAGACAAAGAGGAUGAUGGCGAUAGCUGUGUGGAAUGCUGGGCAAAUUCUGAAGAGAACAACACCAAAGGAAAAAAUAAAAAGAAGAAAAAGAAAAGCAAGAUGUUGAAAUGUGACGAACAUAUCCAAAAGCUUGGAAGCUGUAUUACAGAUCCAGGUAAUCGAGAGACCUCAGGAAAUACCGUGCACACAGUGUUUCACCGUGACAAGACCAAAGAUGCACAUUCUGAAAGCUGUUGCGGCUCUGAAAAGGGUGGGCAGCUGCUGCCUUGGUUUGAGCACAGGAAAAAUGUACCACAAUUUGCAGAACCUACAGAAACAUCGUUUGGUCCUGAUUCUGGAAAAGGUGCCAAGAGCUUAGUUGAGCUCCUUGAUGAGUCUGAAUGUACUUCAGAUGAGGAAAUCUUUAUCUCACAAGAUGAAAUACAGUCAUUUAUGGCUAAUAACCAGUCUUUCUACAGCAAUAGAGAACAAUACCGACAGCAUCUGAAGGAGAAAUUUAAUAAAUACUGCCGCUUAAAUGAUCACAAGAGGCCCAUUUGUAGUGGCUGGUUGACAACGGCUGGAGCAAAUUAAAUAAAUAAAAUAGCUCUGUCUUUCAAUGAAACACUCAAGAUGACUACUGCGCCUUCUCUUUCAAAAAAAAAAACUCUUAAUUUAGUGACUUAUGGCAAAAUUUUAUCUUAAAUCAAUGUGAUUCUUUCUUGUUUUGGGAGACGGUGGAGGUAACCUCAUUAGUUUGUUCUUUCUUCAGGCUUGUGUCUUUAGUUGUGUGGCUGCUCAGGCCUGCCGUAUGAUUUAAGCCAUCUCUUUUCAUUAAAUGUUUCUCUUCCUGUGAGACUUACUAAAAAGCAACUUAGUGGCAAAAAGUAAUGUUGUACUUAUACUUCUGUACAGAAAUGACAAUGAGCUGAAUAUAUGGUUUUACAAAGUAGACAUCCACUUGCGAAAUGUUUGGAUGUAAUGUCAAAGCGCAAUGUGCAAAAUUUAAAAUAAAGAAUAUUUAUUAAUACGCAUAGUAAAAUUUGGUGUACAUGUUCUUCUUAAUGUGUGGCAGUAUUUUAAUUUGCCACCUGUGGUCUUGGUACUUGGCUAGCAUUGAUGUUAGAGAGGAUGAAGAGCAAAUGAGGAGAGAGAUACAGAU